AUGUCAAAAGCAAGCUCAAAGGCCCCUGGAACGCAUCUUCCACAAUCCAAGAAUGACACAGUUUCAAGCGGGGAUAAUCUACUUACUGCAUUGGUGUCAGGGUGUACCGCUGCCGCAUUUACCGCUACUGUCACUUAUCCUUUUGACUUUAUAAAAACUCAACAACAAAUCAACAAUGCCCCUUACAUGAAAAAAUGGAACAUUCCUGGAAACUAUCCUGCUACUUUGGGCCAAAUGUAUAAAGGUGGUAGUGCAUUGGUUUUGGGUGCGGUUGUCAAAAAUGGCUCGAGAUUGGUUUCGUACAAUUGGGCAUCUAAGUUUAUGUCCAUUGAUUCCCACGACGGGGAGACAAACAAGACAACUGCACCUCGUAUUGUUAUUGCUGGGAUCAUGAGUGCAACGAUUGAGACUGCCUUUUUGAUACCGUUUGAAAAUAUCAAGAUAACAAUGAUACAAAAUCAAUCAUUGAAAAAUGAGUUGACCAGAACAAAGGAUAUAGGUUAUGAUAUAACGGGUACGAAAGUUGGUCACCACUCUCACCAUCAUCCUCAUCAGCAUGACCAUCAUGGAGCAACUGGUAAAUCACUAUUUGCUCGCCAGUACGUGUCACCUAAUUCAUACUACUCGGCUGAGAUUUUGGACACGAAGAAACGCACGGCGCGUUUCCUGGCACCCGCUCCAAAGGGUGUGCGGAACGUCGAGAGUUUGAAGGCAUACUACAAUAAGCAUCCGUCAUUGACUUUAUUUGGAACUAUUAGAGAAAUGUAUAACCUCAAAGGAUUCACAGCAUUCACAUCUGGUACUUUCAUCACUUAUACGCGACAAAUUGCACUCUCAUGGGUUUGGUUCUCAUCCUAUAAUGCUAUGCGUCAAUUGAUCAACCCACAUCAAACCGAAAAUGCCUGGUUUGGACAUAGUCAUACUCUUGUUCAACUGCUUGGGUUGCACACUAUAUCGUCAUUGGCUGUUAUUGCAGUAACACAACCAUUGGAUGUUGUCAAGACACACAUGCAACUGAAGAAUGGGAAAGCGGUGUACAGGGACUCGUUGAGUACAGCAUAUAAGUUGUUCAUGAGACAAGGACCAUUGUCUUUAUUUAAAGGUGCCCUCCCCCGAUUUAUCAAGGUCUUGGUCAGCGGUGGACUGACCGGAAUAGUUUAUGAGUAUGUGGAAAAUGUGGUUAAUGCCGCCGGCGGUCAAACAAUGUUCAAAUUGGAGUAG